AUUUAAUAGCUCCUCUCUCUGUGCAAGAAAGAUCUAUCGUCUCUCUUUCAUCUCUCUCUGUUACCCCCCUUAAUUAAUUAUUACUUGGAGGAUUUUGGAGAUAGUUGAUUGUUUUCGCUCAUUAAGUGUUUUUAUUGCCUGUGAAUUUGAACAAAUGGCUGGGAUUUGCUGUGGAGUUGUCGCUGAAAAUGAAGCGGCUGCACCAGUUGAGCCAAGGUCACGAGCGUCAAGGCGCAGGAGAUUAGAACUCCGGUUGGUUUCCGAUGGGUCUGUUCCACCGUCGACGAUUUUGGAUAUCGCUCCGGCGAAAAAGAAGAAACUCGAGUUGUUUCCCAUUCCCAUCUCACGUGAUUGUGGUAACGCAGUAGAAAACUGCAAAAGAAUUGAAGAAAAUAAAAACAAUAGUAUCUCGGAUUCAAGUAAACCAGAAUCUGUGAAAUUGAAAGAAGCUCUUAAAUUCGGCAUGACUUCUGUUUGUGGUAGAAGAAGAGAUAUGGAAGACGCCGUUUCGAUACACACUUCUUUUACUACAAAAAACACCUCGUAUUUUGGUGUUUUCGACGGCCAUGGUUGCUCACAUGUGGCGAUGAAGUGUAGAGAUCGGUUGCAUGAGAUUGUAAAACAAGAAGUUGAAGGUUUUAAAGAAGAAGAAAGUGUAGAAUGGAAGGAAACUAUGGAGAGAAGUUUUGUAAAGAUGGAUAAAGAAGUGGGUAAUUGGUGCGUUGAAGGAGAAAAUAGUUCUACUUGUAGGUGUGGGUUACAGACGCCACAAGGCGACGCCGUUGGAUCUACUGCUGUGGUUUCUGUGGUGACGCCUGAGAAGAUUAUUGUCUCCAACUGUGGCGAUUCUCGUGCCGUGCUUUGUCGAAACGGUGUCGCUAUUCCUCUCUCCUCUGAUCACAAGCCUGAUCGACCAGAUGAAUUGCUUCGAAUUCAAGAAGCUGGUGGGCGCGUGAUUUAUUGGGAUGGCCCAAGAGUCCUUGGUGUUUUGGCCAUGUCUAGAGCCAUAGGUGACAAUUACUUGAAGCCCUACGUCAUACCGGAACCGGAAGUGACCGUGACGGAACGGAUGGAGGAGGAUGAGUGUUUGAUAUUGGCAAGUGAUGGACUGUGGGAUGUGGUGUCAAAUGACACUGCCUGUGGGGUUGUGCGAAUGUGCCUCCGUGCCCAAAAGCCACCUUCACCACAAGGUUCUAAUGGCGCCAUCGGGAGCUCUGAUAGGGCCUGCUCAGAUGCGUCAGUUCUGUUGACUAAGUUGGCCUUGGCUAGGCAUAGCACGGACAAUAUUAGUGUGGUCGUUGUGGAUUUGAGAAGAAAUCAACAUUAACAGUACAAUAGGAGAUUAAAAAAAAAAAUGUAAUUUAGAUCAAUUAAAAAAAAAUUAUGGGGGGGGCAGUGCCAUUCGGUUUUUUUAUUGUAUUUUCUAGUUUCCUUUUUGGAAGGGAAAAGGAAAUCUUACAUGGGUUUUUCUCCUGAGCUUGACGAAUGGUUAGUUUACAGGCUGCGAAAAUUUGCAGGAAUACGAAAGCAUGGUUGCGGCGGGGAAUGUGGUUUCUAAUUUGUGUAUAAGAACUAAGGGGGACUCUUUAUUCCUCGAUGUAAUCAAUCAGUUUUUUUCAUUU